AUGAAAAUAUAUGAUUUAUGUCUCAAGUUAAAUCGUGAAAAAAUGACUCAUCAGCAACAGCAGAACUACAAUAAAAAAGACAUUGCAUUGAAUAUGAACUCUUUAAAAUUAAAAUAUUGCAUCAACAGUUUUCUUGAACACAAUUAUUCUAUCGCCACAUUUAGGACACGACGUUAUGCCUCUCGAGCACGACGUUUCUUACACAGUCACGUUUGGGACAUGACGUUUUGCCUCUCGAACACGACGUUUCUUACACAGUCACGUUUGGGACAUGACGUUUUGCCUCUCGAACACGACGUUUCUUACACAGUCACGUUUGGGACACGACGUUUUGCCUCUCGGGCACGACGUUUACAAAUUAUUGAUUUUACUCAUAUAAACUACUUUGGGUGGUUAGGGACCAGAUAA